UUCAGGAACCGGCACCACCAGGGACAACAUGAAUCGUGUUCACCCAAGACUGGUUUAGUGGAAACUGAAGUCGAACCGAAUUACAGUGUAUACUAUUCUUAAUCGUAACUGGUUUUCAUCCUUUGGUCCGAACCUUCAAUUCUCAAAAAAUGAACUCUAAGAAAGAGAAGCCCGUCCACUCUCUCAUCGCGGGUACGACUGCAGGAGCAAUAGAGGCAUUCGUGACAUACCCCACUGAGUUCGUAAAGACCCGGUCACAGUUCGGUGGACAGCGAGAGUCACCUUUAACUAUCAUUCGCUCGACUUUACGCGAAAAGGGUGUAGCGGGUCUGUAUUCGGGUUGUUCGGCACUCGUGAUAGGCAAUUCAGUCAAGGCUGGUGUUCGAUUCGUGAGCUAUGACCACUUCAAGAGUAUGCUCGCAGACGCAGAGGGUAAUGUCAGUGCACCUAGAAGUUUACUUGCUGGUCUCGGAGCUGGUAUGACGGAGGCCAUCAUCGCUGUUACUCCUUCAGAGACUAUCAAGACCAAAAUGAUCGAUGACGCCAAACGUCCAAACCCGCAAUAUCGCGGUCUUGCUCAUGGAACAAUGUCUAUAAUUCAACAGGAAGGCAUACUCGGUAUAUAUCGAGGGCUCUUUCCUGUUAUGAUGCGUCAAGGAGCCAACUCUGCAGUACGUUUCACGACAUACACGACUCUCAAACAGUUCGUUCAGGGAACCACGCGUCCAGGCCGGCAGUUGCCUCCAGGGAUCACGUUUGGGAUCGGUGCAGUAGCUGGUCUGGUGACAGUCUAUGCGACGCAACCGCUAGACGUGAUUAAAACGCGGAUGCAGUCACUAACAGCGCAUCAGCAGUAUCGCAACUCUUUCCACUGUGGAUAUAGGAUCUUGACGGAGGAAGGAAUCUUCCGGUUUUGGACUGGUACAACGCCACGACUGGCCAGAUUAGUUGCGAGCGGAGGCAUCGUGUUCACGGUCUAUGAAAAGAUUAUUAGUAUCAUCGGUGGUCGGGAGCAGGACUAGCAGGUUCAUACAGGAUAUUCCCGAACCAAGUCGCCCAACGCACUCCCGGAGGGCACGAUAUAAAUAAUCCUGAACCUGUGGGUGACCUUCCUCACAACAUC